CGUUAUAAUCAUAUCUGGCCCAAAUAUAUUUGCUAGAUCGCUGCAAUGAUGCAUUGUAAUUAUCUGGCCCAAAAAUAUUUGCAUGAUCACUCCAAUAACGUGUUAUAAUUAUCUGACCCAAAAAUGUUGCCACUGUCAGUUCUUCACAGAUAGUCUUAGGCUGGUAUCUCCUUUUCCACGAGAUUGUGUGCUAAAGGUUUGAGCUGGUGUCUUAAUUGUGCUUCAUGCAGUUUUUAACAUAAAUUAACAUCCACUAUCAAAUAACGAGAGGUUUAGGAGAUUAUAUAAUUGUAAGGAAUUACAAGUCUUUUCUUGUGCAGAAUGCAUAAUUCUAUUAGUUGGCAGGGUGUUGUUUGGUUGUAGGUUGGACUAGAUGAUCUCAGAUGUCUUGCCCAACCUAAUUGGUUCCGUGAUUCUGUAACUUCAUGCAUUAAAUUCCUAUAUGUAUUUGCAUAUCUGAUAGCGUCAUGCAAAACUGGGGCAAAAAUUAUGCAGAGCAAUAUUUCUAAGUGGUAAUUUUAGCCAUUUGAUUCUUGUUUUGCUCGUACACCAUAGCCUCUUAGCUGUUUUCCCAAAAGUGUAUUUAGUUUUGAUCUAAAUAACUUCGUCUGACAGUAAUUUAAGUGUUAACUGUGUGUUCAUUAAAAUUAUUUUGGUAAUUUCCUUAAGUUAAAGUAAGCAUAUCUACAGAAUUCCAAUUUGAGACUAUAGACAGAGAUUAUGCUUAGUGCUUUAUCUCAUGUAAAAAUGUCAUGAGAAACCACAACUCAAAGCUGGGUUACUCUGUCAGCUGUUACGUUUUAUGUAAAACCAACCUAGAGCUUCUCUUCAGGAUGUUAACUGUACUGACUAUACAGAGAUCUAUACACGUUUUCAUGUGAAUUAUUCCCCACUUUUCUGUUUUAGCAAGAAUGUAGGCUACACAACUGCUUUCUGAGAUUUAUAGGCUGGAAAAAUCUACGCUUUAUUGUGAUACUUUGUAAAGAGCCUGAAAAGCAUCAUUUUUCAGGGAGAAAAAAUAUUCUAGUUUUACAUUAAAAUUUGCAAUAUUUUGGUUGAGCAGAGUUUUGCUUUUUGUGGUCUGAUUUCCCUCUUGAUCUGCAGAAUAAUUCUGGGAAAUUCUGUUGUACCUGGGAAUUUGAGUUGAUUUUUACAUAGGCAGCGCUCAUUUUUUUCUUAAUAGGAGGCUGAAACAGAUGGCUUAAAAAAGAACAGUUGAAUGUGGCUCUUGACAAUGGUCAACCUGAAGCUGGUUUUGCAUCCUGUUCUUCAUUCUGGCUCAAGGAACACACGCUAAUGCCACCCAUAGCACAAGAGAUGGAACAAGUGGUGUUUGGUAUUUCCUGCACUGGACUGGGCAGACUGGAUUCAGAAAGCACAGAGGCUCAACACUGAGGCAUAGACCACAGACAUUUCAUACUGGAGUAAGGCGCCUGUGAUGGAAAAAAAAUGUUCUCCUAGUCCCAGGGGAAGUUUGAUUCUGAUUACUGGUGUGCUUUUUAAAGAACAACUGACGAUACGAAGGACAAUGCACAGUGUGUGUCCUGAUGACAUUUUGUGUGCUGCAACAUGGCUCUUGUCAUGGCAUCUGAGACUGAAAAGGCCCACGCUCUUCUCCAGACUUUCAGCACAGCAUCAGUUCUUUCCAGUCUAGGUUUGGGGAUAUUUUGCUUUGUAGCAGACAGACUCCUGCAGGUUUCCUUCAUUCAGCAGAAUGACUGGCUCCGAGCCUUAUCUGAUAAUGCAGUGCAUGGUAUACUGGGGAUGUGGUCCUGGGCAAUAGUGAUUGGACUCAGGAAGAAAAGUGACUUCACUGAGGUCACCCUGGCUGGCUUCCUUGCCUCUGUCAUUGAUGUGGACCACUUCUUUCUUGCUGGAUCUCUGUCAUUAAAGGCUGCUCUGACUCUUCCACGGAGACCACUUCUUCAUUGUUCUACUGUGAUUCCUGUGGUGGCUCUGACAUUAAAGUUUAUCAUGCAGCUUUUCAGGCUUAAGGACUCAUGGUGCUUUCUUCCCUGGAUGUUGUUCAUAUCCUGGACUUCUCAUCAUGUCCGUGACGGGAUUCGUCAUGGCCUCUGGAUCUGCCCGUUUGGAAAAACUCCUCCCUUGCCAUAUUGGCUGUAUGUGGCAAUUACAGCAUCUUUACCUCACCUGUGUUCAUUUGUUAUGUAUUUAACGGGCACUAGAGAAUUAAUGUCCAUAAAACAUGGAAUUCGCAUUGAUGUAUAGGAAUAAUGGCUUUUAAAGGUGGUUUGUGCAAGCACUUGAAAUAACCUGCCUGUCUGUCACUGAAGGGUUUCUUUGUGUUUCCUACAUCUUCUGAAUUAGGUAUUUUAAAGUUGUGGAGCCAAUUACAGCUCUUGUGUCAAUUCCUUGUGGUCACAGAACCUAUUUAAUGAAUGAUAAUAAUUUUAUAUCUCUACAUUUCCCUUGUACAGUGUGUGGUCUUCCAUGAUAGUUCAUGCAUAGAGAGCUGAUUAUAAAGUACUUAGUUUCUCUCUGUAGUAAUUACAUUACAUUUUACUGUUAUGGUGCCAUUCAUUUGAUCACCAUUCACUUUGGAUUUGUAUUCUGCCUCUGGAGAAUACAUUUCAUUCAGGUAGUAUUUGUAUAGCACUUUAAAAAUGUGAAGUUCUAUAUAAAUGCUAGGUAUUAUUGAGGAUUUAACAGUGUAUGGCAAUUCUAAAAAAAUCCCUGUUAGCCUUUCUAAUUUAUUAAUAUGUUAGGAGUCCUGCUGGAUUUUUGCAUUCAACCAUUUUAAAAGAAACACCACCUCUACUUCACACUGUCUAUCCACACCUCUUUGAACCUCUAAUCACAAAGUGUUUUACUAAAUUCUGCAUCCCCUUGUCAUUGCUUAAUACUAAAUUUGUAGAUAAUUACUUGCCUCAAAAUUAGAAAGGGGUAUACAGAUUGGUUAUAGUAUUAUGGUGUGUUGUCCAAUUUGUUUAAUUUUUAAAAAUACACUAAAUAUGAAUACUGUUUAAUUUGAAACCAAGGAAUUUUAGUUAAUAUUUAAGAAUUGUGUGAAGAUUCAGGGAGACUCAAGAAAAUAAAAAUUGCUUAUAAUACAGGCUUGCUUAAAGACAUUACUACUCAGUAAAGCAUUUUCCAUUAAGUGCAAUAUCAUCCUCAUAAGUGUAAAAUGAAAUGCAUUAUUAUUAUUAUUAUUAUUAUUAUUAUUAUACUACAAAAGUAUAAAUUUCCUCAUAAAGAAGAUCCAUAAGGAAAAGUGUUAUUAUGCUGCAGUUUAUGAGGUAGUAAUUUGCACUAUGGACUAUUCAGUUUUUGUUUAUAGACAUCUCUCAGAAAGCAUCCCAAAUUAAAAGUUGUCUGGUCUUGUCUAACUAGACAAGACUGUCUAGACUUGUGUAGUUUAUGAUAUACAAGCUGAGAAUGUCUAUUAAUAAGUUUUAAAUUUUUUAUUCACUGCCCAUUAAAGAAAUGGGGCCUUAACUACUCCAGCUUGUGAUGAAUAGCUGUCAAAAGGGGAUCAUUUUUAUGGAACUGCAUGUAUAAGGUAGCAUGUGUUUAACUUAGGUUACCAAGGGGUGUAAGGGUUUAACGUGAUGUGUACAUUUACAUUAUUAAAUGUAUAUUAGAAUAAAGUUUUAAAAAAUUAUUAAA